AUGGAAGCUCUGAAAACCGCUAGCUUUAGCCCUAUGUCGGUUUUAUCCGAGAAAAGAUCAGAACCACGAAAGCCUUUCUCGCUCCCUAAUCUCUUUCCACCGAAAUCACCGAAACCAAUCUCACAAGAAAGCUUGUUUAAGAGCUUCAAUGGCGGACUCGCUCUUCUAACCUCUGUUCUCAGCAGUGCAACAGCUCCUGCUAAGUCUCUGACGUACGAAGAAGCUCUGCAACAAUCUAUGACCUCUCCGUCAUCUUUUGAUUCUGACGGCUUUAUCGAUGGGAUAUCAAGUUUCGUCACGGACAAUCCUCUGGUCAUUGCCGGUGGAUUUGCUGCAUUGGCUGUUCCGUUUGUUCUGUCUCAGGUUCUGAACAAAAAGCCGAAAUCUUUUGGAGUUGAGUCUGCUAAGAGUGCUUAUACCAAGUUGGGUACUGAUGAAAAUGCUCAGUUGCUUGACAUAAGAGCCACUGCUGAUUUCAGACAAGUGGGGAGUCCCAACAUUAAAGGUUUAGGUAAGAAAACGGUUACGACUGUUUAUAACGGAGAAGACAAGCCUGGUUUUCUGAAGAAGCUUGCCUUGAAGUUUAAGGAUCCUGAGAACACCACAUUGUACAUUCUGGACAAGUUUGAUGGAAACGCCGAGCUUGUUGCAGAACUAGUGGCUCUAAAUGGAUUCAAAUCAGCUUACGCCAUUAAAGAUGGUGCAGAGGGACCUAGAGGCUGGUUGAAUAGCGGCUUGCCUUGGAUAGAGCCAAAGAAGAAUCUCAGUCUUGAUUUGAGCAGUUUGUCAGAUGGUAUCAGCGGUGUAUUUGGCGAGAGUUCUGGUGGCGUCUCUGUUGCUCUUGGAGUAGCUGCUGCUGCUGGAUUAAGUGUUUUAGCAUUUACAGAGGUUGAAACUAUACUCCAACUACUAGGAUCAGCGGCGCUUGUUCAGCUUGCAGGCAAGAAGCUCCUAUUCGCUGAGGACCGGAAGCAAACUCUAAAACAAGUGGAUGAGUUCUUGAACACAAAAGUUGCUCCUAAAGAACUUGUUGAUGAGUUAAAGGAAAUUGGAAAGGCUCUUCUUCCUGCAUCAACAAGCAGCAAAGCUCUUCCCGCACCAGCAGCAGCAGUAGCAGAAGAAGCAGCUACAACCACCACCACCACCAUCGCUAAACCAGAACCUGAGCCAGAGACAAAGCCAGAGGAGAUAAAACUAGAGCCAGAGCCGAAGCUAGAGCCAGAGCCAGCGAUCAAAGCAGCCGCCACUGCACAAGUAAUCUCAGAGCCAGAGCCAGCGGUUGAAGCCGCCACUGCACAAGUAAUCACAGAAGCAGCCAAAACAGAAGCGAAACCAAUAUCUCAUUCAAGACCUCUCUCUCCAUAUGCAUCGUACCCUGACUUGAAGCCUCCAACAUCUCCGACACCAUCGCAGCCUUGA